AUUUAAUACCAAGGAUGAAUAUGAACGAGCCUUUGAUGUGUUAAGGCCAAAGCGCAAAUGCUGGAGGCAAAGCAUCUUCUUAUCACAGACUUGAAUCGCCACAGGACCAUUGCGCGAUCGCGAUGGCAGUUGCGCUAAAGUGUGGAACUGGUGGAGCUCCCUACGUCAACGCGUCGAGCUCCAUACCCGCGCCUCAAACCCUCGGUCUGAACUACUACAAUGGUUUCUGAGCAUCUGUUGUCGCAUUGAUCACUAUUGGAGUUAUUGACAGCUCAACAUGGUACGCUUGUGUGUGCCUGCUGGCGACGACCAGCAUGCCCUCACUCGAAGACCACGCCUUGGCUUCUCCGCCGCAGAACCCUCUUUGAUCAAUUCUCCGUACCGGGCCUGCCUCAUUGCCACUGGGGUGACUGCUUUCUACUCCAUUCUUGGGAUUGCACGGCCUGGCACUUUCCUGAAGAACGCCGCGUUUUUCGGGCUGGUUGACGGAACUAUAACAGCAUUUGAUAUCUAUGGGAGGCAAGAGCUCAACCGGGCGGUGUUCAAGCUGGAUGGGUUAGAUAAUCCCAAACCCUUCAAGUUGUGGGAGCGGACAAAGCUAUGGACCUUAGAGGAUGCUUCCUUGUUUGGAGGCGCAACGGGACUUCUUCUUGCGUCGAACCCACGACUCUUCCCGGGUGCCAUUGGCAUGUCUCGGUUCUUUGGUGUAAUCGUCGCCGGAAGCGCCAUCAGCGCGAAGACUGCAGAAUGGGCGUUGGGCAGGGGCGCGCCACACCAGGCGAAGCGUGUGGAAUGGGUACUUGCAAUGCAGCGGCGUGCAAUGUAUCAGCGACUUUCACAGGACGAGACUGCAAAGGCUUCAUUAUCGCGAUUCGGGCGGUCACUGCUCAUUUCAUACACUGGAGACAGCCCCCUCAUGCGAACACUGAGCAAGCCCUUUGGGGGACUAUCUGGUAUGGCAAAUCCUGGCAGUGCUACAGUUGUUGGUCAUAGCCACGGCCACGUUCAUUCGGAUGCGCAAAUGGAGGCCAUGCGGCAAAUGCAGAUGCAGCAAGCGCAUACAAAGCAACCUGUCCUCAUGCUGACUGAAUUCGAGAAGGAAGAGCUGGCAGCACCUGAUUACGACGGAGGUUAUCGACAGUACCGUAUGGACCCAACAGACACCGACCUGGAGACACUGCAAGAGCAUUUGGAACAUUUGAACAGGCUUCGCGAUUCGGAAGUCAAGGAACUGGCCUACGUAUGGCAGGCAUUGGCACCCAAGGAGUACAAGAUGCACCAAUUAUUCCAAGAAGAUCCUGAGAAAGACCUGUUACGCCGCGAAUUACAACUGCUCAACAGCAUCGCUACUCACUCCAAUACUCGACUUGCUAUAAUUGCUUACGCGCAAGCUGAUGCCCGCAAGCGACUUGCGCAAAUAAGAAACGAGGACCCAGCUUCUGUUGCUAAGGUACCCUUGCCUACGGCAGAGGAGUCUCCUCUUGACGGUGACUGGACAAAAACCCAUAUACCACGCAAGACCGCCGAGCGCAUUCGGGAGCGCUGGGAGAGCGCUAGGACAGAGGCGGCACAAGUGGAGCAUGUCCUUUCCCAGUUCGACCGACUGAAGGCUCAGGGCAGUACAAAUAGCCACGCCGAUGAGCAAGCCGAGCAGCUUCGCAAAGAGCAGGUGCAGUUGAAAUCAAACGUAGUAGCUACUGAGAGGCUGCUGAAAGAGUAUGAGGACCAGAUCCUAAAAGCUGAUGGCAACACCGGAAAAUGAUUAUGCAGAUCUCAUUAAGGUCUAGUAGAGGCAUGUUGCCUACGAAAGACCUUCAUAUACCCGCCCUAGCUUCUGAAUACGUUCUCACUGUGGCAUACUAAAAGUCAUCCGUUCUAUAGCCAUUCCAACUAUCGCAACGUCGAGCCCUGGAGCUCACACUAUCUAGUACAUCUAGUGCUACCAGUCCAUUGAGUUGUUGGCAGACACCGCAGAUAGACAAGCCGCGUGGGUGAUAAAGUAUGUUGUUCAUCUGAAUUGAACGAGAGGCACGCAUGACAAUCAAGAUGGGUUGUGGUAUGUUCAUGG